GAUGAUGAUAUAGUCGGCUACAAACAAGGAGAGGAAGAAGAAAAAAUUCACAAGAGGAGCCUUACUCCAUAGCAAAGCAUAGACCAAGGAGAGAGAUCUACAAGCCACAAAGAUAUACUAAUAUGGCUAGUGAAUUCUUGAGUGAUUAUGCUUUGGUGAUGUCACAAGAAACCAAUUGUGAUGAUGAGCCUUCUACGUACAAGGAUGUGGUGUCUUGUAAAAAUUCUUUCAAGUGGUUGAUAGUCAUGCAAGAAGUGGAGUCACUUCAUAAGAACCACACAUGGGAGUUGGUUAAACCACCUCCAAGAAAAGAGAUAAUUGGUUGCAAAUGGAUCUUCAAGCGAAAGGAAUGUAUUCUAGGUGUUGAAGAUGCAAGGUACAAGGCACGUUUGGUGGCAAAGGGCUAUAGCCAAGUAAGAGGUGUUGAUUUCAAGCAUACUUCCAUUCUUGUCUUGCUUGUAUUAGUAGCCAUGCAUGAUUUAGAGCUUGAGCAAUUGGAAGUCAAAACAACUUUUUUGCAUGGUGAACUUGAAAAGAGUAUUUUACAUGGAGCAACCAAAAGGUUUUGUAGUAGAGGGAAAGAAUGAUCAUGUUUGCUUUUUGAAGAAAUCUUUUUAUGACCUAAAAUAGUCUCUGAGGCAAUGGUAUAAGAGAUUUGAUUCUUUUAUAGUGCGUUAUUGUUAUGAUAGAAGCAUGUAUGAUCAAUGUGUCUACCUUAGGAAGCUUGAUGAUGACACUUUUAUCUAUUUGUUACUUUAUGUUGAUGACAUGUUGAUUGCUGCCAAGAAGAAGGAAGACAUUGAUAAGUUGAAAAAGGAGUUAAGUAGUGAGUUUGAAAUGAAGGAUUUGGGUCAAG